AGCGCCUCCGGCCUUGUCUUUGACGCGCCCUGCAUUACCUUCCGUCACUGGCGAUGGCUCUGGCCGCACUGCGCCUGGCGUCCACUGCCCAACGGGCAGCCAGGCUGGCUCGCGUUUCUGCGCUGCCAGCAGCGCGGCUGCCGCUGGCACGGCCGCCUGCUCCUUUCCAGGUCUCCGUGCGCCCUUACAUCACAGUUCAGAAGUACAGCAGGGACGAUGUGAUGACGCUUCUCAACGAGUACCAUGCCACAGUGCUGAGCACCAACUGGGCUGACUACCUGAACUUGGUCUACAGCGUCCCCUUCUGGGAGGCGAAGCUGACCAGUGUGGUGCAGCCUUACCUGCACGAGCCGGAAGUAGGCGCCAAGUUCAAGGAGGUCCAGGACAUGAUGGACGUCUUCUACGCCUGCGAGGACGUGCGCGACCACCUGAACGAGCUGGCGGAGCUGUGCACUCGCGCCUCGGGCUUCAUGGGCACGGGCUUCCAGGCGGAGGAGAAGGUUGAGAACCUGGAUGACCACGCCCAGGUUGCAUCCGAGGCCUACGACAAGAUCCUUGCGAAGUAUCCUGACUUCAAGCCGAAGAUUGAGCAGACCAUUGGACACGGCCUCGCCAUCCUGCGUCAGAAGCACAAGUUCAAGUUCGGCAGCAUGCACCGCUACUUCUACUGAGUGCGCGAGCAUUGGCGGUGCCAAGCAGAUCGCUUUGGCAUGGGCACUCGAUAUGAGGAGAUCAAUGGUGAAUGUAGCCGGGGCUGAAGCCGGCGGAU